AUGAUUCGCCAAACAUAUAAUAAAUUACUUAAAUUAUGUUUCAUCACCAUAAUAAUUUAUUUGUAUAAAGUUGAGUCAUUUAAUCCUGUAGGACGUAACGCUCAUUCAUCUGUUCUUGUUGGAAAUAGAAUAUAUUUUUUUGGUGGAAGAAACGAAAUAACUUGUACAAAUGAAGUAUUCUAUCUUGAUGUAUCUCAACGAUUUAAUUCUGAACUUCCUCCAUGGACUGACCUUACAUUAAAUUCAGGAAUGAACUUUAGAGGUUGUUGGGCGACUGCUGUUGCAGUAAAUGAUAGUAAUAAUAAUCCAACAAUAUACCUUAUUGGAGGAUAUAUGAUUGAUCAAAAUAAUGCAGAUAUUUUUAGCUCACUAGUACAUUCAUUUAAUCCAAAAUCUGGACAAUGGAAUGCACCUAUAAUUGCAGGAACAGAGCCAUUGAGACGAGGAUAUAUGCAAGGUGUUGCUGAUAAUGCUGAAAAAAUUUAUAUUUUUGGUGGAGCUUCGUUAGAAAAAGAAAAUAUUCAAUUUUAUAAUGAUAUGAGUAUAUUAAGUACUAAUGAUUUAAUGUGGACAAUUGGUUCUAUUGCUAAUGCUCCUUUACAACGUCAUUCAUAUACUGCAACAUUUUUAUCAAGUGGUAUCAUUGUAUAUAUUGGAGGCUGGGAAUUACCUAGUAAUAAUUUUAUUAGAAAUAAUGAUGUACAAAUUGACAAUCCGUCUGAUAUAACAGAUUGUAAUCCAGAUGAGUAG